GAAAUUUUUCCAUCCAGUGCAGGAAAACAAUCAAACUGACUGUGCUGAACAGUCGGGAGGACACAACGGAGACGCGUCCGGGGAUACACACAUAAUACACAGGCUCAGUUGUGUGCGUCUCAAACGCCAGCGGGAACACCAAUAUUCCCACAGAUACGGCAGAUUUCCACGUGGAUUUUUUUUCCAUUCGGCGGGCUGAUUCGCUGUUUUCUGCGGACAAUCGGGGGAAAAUGUCUCAUUCUUUGAAUACUUGAGGAGUGACGACAACUUUCCUCCUUUCGGACUUCACCCGCACUAAUAGCAGAAGAUAAAGCGCGAGGAGAGGAGAGGACUGCUUUUCAACAAUGCAAACAGAUCAAUUACCCGAUCAGGAUUUGCAAAAUUAAGGAUUUGGCGUCUCUGCAGCGGAGGUACCAAGCAAUGUUUGCAGCGGAGAUGCGUUGUUUGCUGAGGUUCAUGUCCGUGGAUGUUGCGGCUCGGUCGGGCUGCACACGGAGCCUUUGGGUGGCUGUGAUUGGACCGGACACAGACUGGGGCUGACUGAUGUUUGUCCGAGAGGAAAUGUUUUGGGGAGGAGAUCAAUAUGAGUUACUGGCAAAGGGGGAGACGCCAGUCGUCGCGAGUACCCAUAUUACUAUGAAGACGAACGGCACCAUGCAGGCAUAAGGAUUUUUUUCUUGUAUUUUAAUUCAAAAACAUAGGAAAAAGAUCUUCUUACCAUCAGAGAUUUAUUUAUAUUUAUUUAUGAUGUGUUUUGCUGCCUUUGCAAACUGUUGCAAACAUUGUUGCACUUGGAUUUGGAUAGUGCUUGCUUCUGCACGAAAGUUUUUUUUUUAAUCCUUGUUCUUGACUAUCAUGCCCAGGAAUUUGAUAUUGCAUCAUAUUAUCUUUUACAAUAAAAACGCCAUGGACUUGUGCAUCCCUAAUAUUUAAACGUAAUAUGGACUUUCACUCUGAAAACUUAUUUUUUCCGGGACAUUGCAACACUUUUACUGGAGAAAACUGUCAGCUAAUUACUUUUUAAAAUCCUGUAGUGUAAAAUGUGCUCGCAAACACCUGGAAAAAUGGCUGGCAGCUGGGUUGUAUAUUCAGCUUUUUUACUACCAUUGUUCGCAGUGGGCACAGCUUUCUCGGGGGUCUUCAACACCACAGACAGAGACGUUUUCACAGAUGACUUGCUGCAGGUCAAGCUCACACAAGACAGAGCGAGUGAGCACUGGAAGCUCCAGUCUGCUGACUCCCAUCCCAACCUAUAUUUUAACCAAGUGGAUGUGUUACACUUGAGGCAAAGGUCCUCUACCACCCACAGUCACAUAUUUAAAGUCAUCAGAGCUGCUGUGCUCACUAUGUUGUCUAAUGUUCCCUUUUACUUGCCCCCUGUGAAACAUGAGGAGUUUACAAGCAAGUGGAAUGAGAUUUAUGGGAACAACCUGCCUCCCCUGGCUCUCUACUGCCUGUUGUGCCCAGAGGAUUCUGCUGCUCUGCAGUUUCUUAUCAAGUUUAUGGAUAGGAUGGCCGAAUAUUCAGACUGGAAGGUGACCAGUGCACCGAACGAUGAGGUGCCCAUGGCGCACUCUCUCACUGGGUUUGCUACUGCUUAUGACUUUAUUUACUCCUACCUGGAUCAGCAUAGAAAGGAUUUAUACCUCAAGAAAAUUCGCGCUGAGACGGUGGAGCUGUAUGAGCUCUCUAAGUACAGAGGAUGGGGCAAACAGUAUCUCCAAAAUCAUCAAACCACCAACAUAUUAGCCAUCCUCACAGGUGCAAUAGUGGUGGGGUCACAUGACGACCCAGAGUCAAUGAUCUGGAAACAAGUGGCAGUUAACUAUAUGGAGAAAACAAUGUUUCUUUUGAAUCACGUUGUUGAUGGCUCCCUGGAUGAGGGAGUAGCCUACGGAAGCUACACAGCCAAGUCUAUCAGCCAGUAUGUGUUCUUAGCUCAGCGUCAUUUCAACAUAGACAACAUGCAGAACAACUGGCUGCGGGGCCACUUUUGGUUUUAUUAUGCCACGCUGUUGCCGGGCUUUCAGAGAACAGUCGGCAUUGCGGAUUCAAACUACAACUGGUUUUAUGGUCCAGAGAGCCAGCUUGUUUUCCUCGACACGUUCAUCAUGAAGAAUGGAACGGGCAACUGGCUGGCUCAACAGAUUAGAAAGCAUCGGCCGAAGGACGGCCCCAUGGGGCAGUCAUCUGCCCAGCGCUGGGCUACACUUCACACAGAAUACAUCUGGUACAACUCCCACCUCACGCCGCAGCCUCCCCACGAUUUUGGCAAAGCUAAAAUGCAUAUUUUCUCAAACUGGGGUGUGGUUACAUACGGAGCAGGGCUUCCCAAUGGCCAGAGUAAUACUUUUGUCUCCUUUAAGUCUGGCAGCCUGGGUGGCCGUGCAGUCUAUGACAUUGUCCAUGACAAGCCUUACUCCUGGGUGGAUGGCUGGAACAGCUUUAACCCUGGUCAUGAGCACCCAGACCAGAACUCUUUUACUUUUGCUCCUAAUGGGCAAGUAUUUGUGUCUGAAGCACUUUAUGGUCCAAAGUACAGCUACCUUAACAAUGUUUUAGUGUUCAGUCCAUCUCCUACCAGCCAGUGUAACAAUCCAUGGGAGGGUCAGUUGGGGGAGUGCGCUAAGUGGCUGCGCUGGACCGAUGAAGGGGUGGGUGACGCUAGAGGUGAGGUGAUUGCCGCUUCGUCACACAAGGAUACGAUGUUUGUGAGUGGGGAAGCCGCGCUGGCUUAUUCACCUGCCAUGAGACUAAAGAGUGUAUUCAGAGCUUUGGUUCUGCUCAACUCGCAGACUUUGCUAGUCCUUGACCAUGUAGAAAAAUGGGGUGAUUCACCUAUAAAGUCACUCAGUGCUUUUUUCCACAAUCUCGACAUUGACUUUAAAUACGUUCCUUUCAGAUUCAUGGACAGAUAUAACGGCGCGAUGAUGGAUGUGUGGGAUGCUCAUUAUAAAAUGUUCUGGUUUGACACUCAGGGCCACAGCCCUGAAACACGGAUACAGGAAGCAGAGCAGGCGGCUGAGUUUAAAAAGAGGUGGACGCAGUAUAUAAACGUUACUUUCCAAAUGACAGGCCCGGUCAGCAGAGUGGCUUACGUGCUGCACGGACCGUAUGUCAAAGUGUCCAACUGUAGAUUUAUAGAUAACAGCAAAAAUGGAGUGAGGCUUUCUUUAAUCAUUAAUAACACAGAGAAGAUUGUGUCCAUUGCUACAAACUAUAAAGACAUUGGGGCAAGGUUGAGUUAUUUGGGAUUUGGAGGUCACAGUAAAGUUGAGGAUAGAUAUCAAAUCACCCGAUACGGCCUUGGGACACAAAUCCUCCCUAAACAAAUCAGCAGUGAUAAUCAGCUGUUUGACUUUGGUUUCACAGUCAAUGUAAUAGCGGGGGUCGUUCUCUGUGUGGCUAUAGGAUUUUUGACCAUGCAGAGAAAGUUUUAUGUUUGCUUCAGCAGGCUGAUGCGUUACGCACUCCUCACCGUGCUCAUUCUGUGGAUAGCCGAGCUGCUGUUUGUCUCUAACAGCUGCGAUCAGCUUCUCUGUGGGGUAAAAUGGAAAGGUGCGGGUGCCAAAAGCGAAGUAAACAAACAAAUAAGAUUGUACGAGCAGCACCGGCUCCCCCUUCCCACUGUUGUCAUAACGACCCUUCCCGGAUCGGGAUCGGAAAUACUCAAGCACCUUUUUUACAAUAGCUCAGACUUUGUUUAUAUAAGGGUCCCCACCGAGCAUGUGGACAUUCCUGAGACAGAGUUUGAGUUUGACACCCUGGUCGAUGCCUGUGAAUGGUCAAGGUCAGACGCCGUGAACGCACGGUUUAAGAUUAUCCAAGGCUGGCUGCAUUCGCUAGUGCAUAACACAAAGCUGCACUUGCAAAAUAUUCAGCUCGUAGAGGGCAGCAGGGUCAAGCAGACCCAGAGAGUCAGCGUCCCCAGGGACAGAAAGAAAAGAUCCAGGAAGAGAGAACCAGCAUCUGACCUGAAGGGCAAACUGAGGGCUAGUCUGGACAGAGAUGCAGAGUAUGUAAGGGAAAUGAGAAGGCAUGUUGCAGAGUACCCUAACGCCCGGGUGGUAAUCAACAUGCAGAGUGGAAGCUGGACACUCAAACUACCUUUCAUUCAGGAGGUAGUGGGACUUUCCUUGAGGACAAUAUACUUGGUGAGAGACCCGAGAGCAUGGAUUUAUCUCAUGGUUUAUAACAGCAAACCCAGCCUAUACUCCCUUAAAAACAUCCCACAGCACCUUUCCUUGAUAUUCAAGGAGGAUGCUGUCAGGGAUGGGUGCUCAGCUGUUGCGCCAGAGUUUAAAAUGAUCCAGAGGCUACUGUCCCGUUAUGAGACAAAUCCUGUUUUGAUUCUGGCUCAUUUGUGGCUGGCACACACCGCAGCCGCUCUGAGGGUCAGCGAGAGCCUUCCCGAGGAGUCCUUUCUCCGAGUGAGGUUUGAGGAUGUGGUCAACUUCCCCCAGGAGACGGCAGAGACAAUACACACAUUUCUGGGGGUGCCUGUGUCACCCACAGCUCUCAAUCAACUUAUAUUCACCACCUCUACGAACCUGUACAAUCUAAUGUAUGAAGGAGACAUCUCACCAGCCAACAUUAACAUAUGGAGACAGAAAAUGUCUCGAAAGGACGUUCGACUGAUAGAGGAUGUGUGUGGAAGUGUGAUGAAGAGGCUGGGUUACACUAGGUUCGCCAGUUAACCGCUGCUGGUCAGCUGAUAUUGAGCUGUCUUUGUUUACUGUAGCUGCCAGUCACAGCCAGCUCUGUAAUGUAUUCUUUUUUCUUUUUCUUUUUGCACUGAGCUGAAAUUUCUAAAAAAGCAAAAAAAAAAACAAUGUUAAAAGUUGAAGAAAAACUGUGCUGUCUCUCCGUCUGUCUUCAAGCUUUCUCCCUCAGUUGUAUUUGUUUGGGUGUGUGUACAGUAUUGUAUCGACUACAGCGACAGCUGUUUGUGAGGGAGGAAUACUUUGCAUUGGAACAGGUGGAAGGGAGCUCAUUUUAUUGUUCUUCUCCCUCUAAGCAGCCCUCUACAGUUACUUGUAGCGCUCUUUUUAUCGACUGAAACUUUAGACCUGUCUUGUCUUACAUACUGAUGAAUAUCACUGAAUUUCAACAUAAAUUUUAUGUUACUACCCAACAACCGUGGUGUGAGGAAAAAAUGCUUUGUGCAAAAUUCAAAGCUCUGGUUAUUUGAUUUUUUUUCUUUUUUUGGGAAGUGGCAGUACAUUUAUUGGUUUGGAACAGAUAUGUUAUGAAGCUCAUUAAUAAGUUUUGAAGUUGUAGGAGACAGCUAAUUUGGGCUGUCAUUUUCCUGUCUGAACUGUUGAAUGCUGUUUCCCUUUAAAACUGUAUAAAAAUGCUGCAUUGUAAGGGGUUGAAAAUGGAGAACAAGAAGAUGACUGGUGUUUUUUUUUUAAACUCAAGUGAUAGAUUGUAUUUUUGUUGUACGAAGGAUUUUAGUUAGAAACUCAAAGAUGUCACAGCAGUUUAGCACUUUCACAAAAUCUGAUUGUAUGUGGGAUCCAGUGCAUUUUCCAGGGCUAACUUUACUGUAUCCGCUUAAUUAUUAUGGAAGCAUAAAAUCUCUGAAGAUAUAUAAAAUAUGUGUAGAAGAAAGAAAGUAAAGUAUUUAUGAGUUCUAAAGAUAUAUAUCCCAAAGGAUCAGGAAUGAAUACCAUUAUUGUAACUCCCUUUAGCAUUUAUUGAAUUAGAUCUGAGGGAUGUGCUUAAUAGGGAUCAAACUGGUAAAAAAAAGAAACUGUCAGCCUUGACACAUUUCUAGUCAAAGCAAUUUCCAAAGCACCCCCCUCAGCUAGUUAUAUUAAUCUGCAAGAUGCCAUAGCAGAGGCUUACUGUGUUUUAUUGCUGUGAUAUAUUCACUAUAAAGGCCUGAAGGAAAAGCAAACAACACGUGUUUCUAUUUCCAGUUGCAGUCACUCAGAUAGCCAAUCAUAUUUUAGGUUUUUGUCUUUAAAGAGUCCAGUGAGCCUUGCACUGAACACAGAUGAAUAUGAAGUAUAGGUAAAAAAAAAAAAAAAUAAAAAAAUCAGAGACCAUUUCUACUCUGUGAUGUUAUGCUCCUUGGCCUGGGUAAAAAAAAAAAAUGCUACUCAGUAACCUUUGAUGCUGUCUUGCUUAGACAUUUCUGUACUGUAAAUGGAUCACAUGUAACAUGCAGAUGGUGCACUCGUUUCUAAACUCGCCAUCGCAUCUGUACACAGAAUACUCAGUGUUCAUUUGGAAAUAUCCAUCUUUCCUUGGCUAGAAGCAGUCCUGUUUGUUUUUUUCUCUAUGAACACUGAAACCCUUGACUGGCUGGAAAACCCGUUUGAUGUUCGUGGUCUUUGAAUGUGUAGACUUGGCAGACAUGCUUUCACUUUGGUGUUGCAAUCCUGUUACCAACUCUGUUUUGUAUUUGCUUGUGGGGAUAUGGUUCCUUGCUUCUGUGGCCUUGAAUUACAAUCAUUUCUUUUUUGACAGUUUUCUUUUUCCGGGAUCUGGAGCAGAAAGAGAAAUUAAUGUAACGAAAAGAAUAAAUUCAUAAAUAUAUUGACAACCA